AUGACUACACCCGGGCAGUCCGAGGCUCUCACGGCACUGCAGCAAUCGCCUUUUGAUGUCCCGCUUCCGGCCAGCGACGACGACGACGACCAUUCCUCGCUGGCUUCUGAGGCCGAGUUGAAGGGUCUCUGGGCCACCGCACGGGUAUUCCAGUGCCCAAAGUGCAAGCGCCUGCUGGACAAUCCCAUCGAGCUACCUUGCGGGAAUUGCAUCUGCAGAGCCUGCCUGCCUCCGCUCGAGCCCAGACCCGACAUUGACGAGACAUUAUGGCCUGAUAGACUCACUGCGGAUGUUCUCUACACUGCCAAGCUCGUCCUGGCCGGUCCAACCAGGUCGGCGAAGCUGGUCGAAGCUUUCGAGAUGCUCAGCCUCGGCCGUAUUACAGACGCGGAGGAGGCAGCAGGCCCCAACCCAGAAGACGACGACCUGAUACUGGAUAUCCGCAAGAUGGACCGUCUGUUGCGCAGUCAAAUGGACUGUGGCAUCUGCUACCAGCUGCUGUACGAACCAUGGACCACACCUUGUGGUCACACAUUUUGCCGACAUUGUAUCAAACGGGCGCUCGAGCAACCCCAAAUCGGCCCACACUGUCCAGCGUGUCGCGGCGACAUCGCUUUACCAUAUCUGGACAGCCGUCUCUUCCCUCCAAAUGGAUUUCUACUGCGCCUGACAACCCAUUUCUGGGGGGACGAGCUUGAACAGAGAAAACCAAUCGUUCGUGGGGAGUCUCCGUAUCCUGUCUACGACAAUUCAGGCCUGGACGUGCCAGUCUUUGUGUGCGCUGUAUCGUUCCCAGGGAUGCCAACCUUUUUGCACGUCUUCGAGCAGAGAUAUCGGGCAAUGAUCAUGAGAACAUGGGCAGGCGGCCACGGAGGCAAACAGUUUGGUAUGCUGUUUGACCGGAGUACGACAAUUGGCACGCACCUUAGAGUCGAGGCGGCGACGUUCCUCUCUGACGGACGAAGCUUGUUAGAAACCAAAGGCAUCUCGCGCUUCCGGGUCAAGCGCCAAGCCUUCCACCGAGACGGAUAUGCUGUUGCGGAGGUGGAGGACUUUUCUGAUGUCAGCUUGUAUGAGGAGGAAAUGCGGGAGGCUGCGGACUUCAGGCUGAAACCAGAGGGAAGAGAUUCCGAGCCCGCGGAACCGUCCAGCAGCGACAUCAAUUGGAUGAAGACAAAAGCCUUGAUGAGGUUUGCCAGUCGGUCCAUAACACAGAUGGCCGCCACAAACCCAAGAUGGCUCAAUUCCCGCAUCCUAGCGGUAUUUGGCGAUUGCCCUAGCGACCCCGCGGUAUUUCCAUGGUGGUUUGCAAGCGUUUUUCCGAUCGCGGAGGAGCAGAAGCUCGAAAUGUUGGACACCACCUCUGUCCGGCAGCGGAUGAAGAUAUGUUGUCGGUGGAUCAUUAACUGGAGCGAACCGGAGCCUCCAGAGCGUUUUUGUUGUGUCAUGUGA